AUUUUACUGCAGCUACAUAAACACCGUCUACGUGAAGUAUGAUCACAUCGCCCGCGCUCCAAAGGCGAGCCUUGUGCUGGGGCGAGCUGCUCGCCAGUGCGCUCCCGCGUUCCUUCUUCGCCAUGCCGGGUCCUGAGGCACUCCUUGCACUGUUGAUCAUGCCUGCCCUGCUUGCCUUGGCCCUUGUUAUCUCGGGCCCUUGGAGGCUCUUAGAUGCCCAGCUGCCUCCGAAACUGAUGUGGGAACUGGAGCAGCGGCAGCAAGACCUGAGCCGCCUGGCAGCCUCUAUCCAAGCGCGCACUUCUCCGUCUCCCGCAAGGCGCGCCGCGGCCGCGGAGCCUUUGGGUUGCGCGGAACUGAACGGCCUGAGCGAUGUGGGUGUGGUGGGCGCUGGCAUUACGAAGCUGGUGCUGAGGGCUGCGCUGUCGCCCGGUGGCGAGGAAAUCGCCCUGAAAUCUGUGCACUGGACAGGCAGCGACAUGAAUCGCUGUGUUCAACGCUACGGCCACGCGGAAGGUUGUUUCCAGCUCGCUGCUUACAAACUGUUGAAGGAGACGAUUCUGUUGCAGAGUCUGGAUCAUCAAGGCAUCAUCAAGCUGCAUGGUCAAUGCUAUAAUAAUAGCCUGUAUCCUGAAAUGAAAGUGGUUUCUAUGCUGGAGCUGGGAGCCCCUCUGGAGAUGAUUCAGCUUCUACAAAUCCCCUGGGAAGAGAGAUUUAAAAUUUGCCUGAAUCUGGUAGAACUGCUAUAUUACUUGGCAAAUUCUCCUCUGGGUUCCAUUGCCCUUCUAGAUUUCCAACCAAGGCAAUUUGUCAUGGUGAAUGGAAUCCUGAAAGUUACAGACCUGGAUGAUGUGAGCACUGAGGAACUGUCUUGCAAAAAAGAUCAGGACUGCAUUCUCAAAUUCCCCACAAAAACCUUCUUUCUCAAAUGUGCCAGCCAUGGGAAUUGUAAAGGAAUAAAUGAGAAACGGAAUCUUUUCAAUGCAUACCGGUAUUUCUUCACUUAUCUCUUACCUCAUACCGCACCCAUUGUUUUGCAACCAAUUCUGAAGGAUAUCCUGAAUGCCACAGGUGAUUUGCGAUAUGGAGCAAAUGAAACUCUAAGAGCUUUCCAAAAGGUUUUGCAUUUGUACAAGUCAGGACUUUAUCUGCAGAAAAGGCCUUCUCAUUUAAAAGAAUAUGUUGUUGUAAAGGGAUUCCGCAGUGUGGAUACAGAGGACUAUAAGUGCUGGCCUUCGUAUAGCCCUUUGAGAUGCAUGCUCUCUGUUCAUAAUGUAGAAGAAGCUGCCUCCAUUUGCAGUUACCAUCCACAGUGUCAAUAUUUUAUCAUCACUCCACAGAGAACAUGGACAGGGCGUCAUCUUGCUAUUUUUCAAAGCAAUUUGACCUACUUAAUUCCAGGUAGCACCAUGGAGGUUUAUGUUAAACGAUCUGCAUCCUCAAGAGGAAGUCUUUGAUUGAGAUGCCAUAGAAAACACCACAUUGUUACUGGGACUAAUGUUAUCAACACAAAUGGAUGGCUUACAUUAUUUCUGCUGUGAGGCUAUUAUCUACACCAGCUUUAUGUGACAAAUGUUUCAAUAAUCAAAUCUCUUUAUUCAAGAACUUAUCCAUCCCAGAGGUAUUCCGUAAGCUGUUUCAUACUGUUACAACUAUGCAAGUCUCAGUUUCAGCCACCACUGGGAUUGGACGAAUUGGCUUUAUGUAUAUUCAAUUGUGUAUUUCUAGCUUCUGUGUAAGUUAAAAAAAAAAGUACACAAAUACAUUUAUUUUUCUAUGCAAUUGUCCUUCAGGGACACAUUAAUAUAGGCUUUCUCUAAUAUAUGCAUUUUUAUACACACGCUUUUCCUUAAUUUAGGCAUUGUGCACUAUUUUAUAAAUAAGCAAUGUGCUAUUGAGAAUAAAACCAAUUAAUUUGUGUAUUAAUAAUAAUUUAUUAAACUUGUAUGCCGCCCACAUCCCAAUGACAUUUGGCAACUGUUAGUCCAGGAAGUGCAAAUUAAUGUGGAUAUACACCUGAUAUUCCUACUUUACUGUUUCUGGAUUUAAUAAGUUUUGUAAUGUUUAAAUUUAUGUAAAUAUGAUGGUUGAAUAAGUGCAAAUGUACACAGCUUAAUGAGUGGACAGAAGGGUUUACCAGUAGAUUCUUGAAUGAGUUGCAGGGGAUGUGCAAAGAAUUCUAAAUACCAAAUAAUUUAUCAUUUUCAGCAACAUUAUACUGCAGUUCUGGUACUCAGAACAGGUUCAUAUUUUAGUAUUUCGUUCUAGUUGCAUCUACUUUCAUCCUUGUGUAUAGGGAUUUAAUGGACAGCUUUCAGUCAGCUUUUUAACAUAGUUCUGUAAACCUGAAAUCUUUCCAUCAGGUUUUAAAAACACCCAGCAGCACAUUCCUUUGCCCCACAUAGUUACAUCUUGCCAGAAGCCAAAUUAAAGUUUGAAUUGCACUCAACCUCCUUUAUUUCCCUUCUGUCUCACAGGCAUGUUGAUCUAAUUUAAACUGCCUUUGAGGAGAGAGAGUUAAACCUUUCAUUAAAACUGAUGAUGAUACCUUUGAAAGUUAAAUAUUUCCAAAUCACUGUUUUCCAUUUACACUCAAUUUCCCUAACAAAAGAUAUUUUAAGGGACUUUGCACCUGAUUAUUUAAAUUUCCAGCAUUUCUUCUGGCUAAAUUAACCUUUUCCAGUUCCAAACCUUAAAAUAAUAUCUUGGACCUAUUGUUGUCAUUGUAUAGCGCAGCCAGAAAAAGAAAAGAUGGAGGCAUGACUAUUUACUUUGAUUAUUUUAAUUUAACAUGAUUAAGUGGGAUGUGUUUAAAGUUUUGUACCAAUCUUGGAGGUUGUUCAGUUUACUUUCAGUGAAAGAAAUCCUGCUGAGCAAAAUGUUCAGUGACUUGUAUGCAUAUGUAUGUGUUUUCUAAAAAGCAAUACAUUUUCCCAUUCUGAUAAUGGAUUGUUGUUCCUUUAAAAAAAGUUUCAUCUUUUCCAAUUUAAUAAACAAAAAACUUUAAGAUACCAUUGAACAUUAUUUUCAGCUGUUAACAUGAAACUUCAGACACUUAUUGUCUUCUCCAUUCAGAGUCUUAUAUAAUAAUAAUUUAGUAAACUUGUA